GUUUCAGCUUGAGAAGAGUCGCAGAACACCAUGCGGGUACACCAAGUCGAGGUGGAAGACCUUCGCUCCCCUUUCGCGGAAGCGGCUCCCAAUUUGUCCGAAUUGGAGCUCCAGGAAACGGCCUACGAGAUUCUCGUCGGUGCUUGCCGGAGUUCAGGGCCGAAGCCGUUAACGUUCGUCUCACAUUCUAACAGAGGAGAUAAACGGAAUCCGUCGGCGUCGUUGUACAGGUCGUUGAGUUUGACGGCAUCCAGUGAGGUGAAGAAGAAGUUGGGUCUUAAAACGACGUCGUCAAGGCGGAGUAAAAAGGCGGUGACGAUGGGGGAGUUGAUGAGAGUGCAAAUGAGGGUUUCGGAAGUCACUGAUACCAGAGUCAGGCGAGCCCUCCUCAGAGUAGCUGCAGGACAGCUAGGAAGACGAAUAGAAUCAAUGGUUCUGCCACUUGAGCUAAUACAACAACUCAAGUGUUCAGAUUUUCCUAGUGAACAAGAUUACGAGGCUUGGCUAAGGAGAAACUUGAAGGUUCUUGAAGCAGGACUCCUCUUGCAUCCUCUCCUGCCAUUAGAUAGGAAAGAUAUUUGUGCACUGCGCAUGCAACACAUAAUCCAUGUAGGCCUUGAGAAACCCAUGGAAAUUGGAAAAGACAAUGAAGCAAUGCAAACACUUCGGAGUGUUGUUAUGUCUCUUGCAUGGAGAUCAUUUGACGAGUCUGUUCCUCAGACAUGCCAUUGGGCUGAUGGGUUUCCACUGAACCUUAGGAUCUACCAAACUCUGUUAGAAGCAUGUUUUGAUAAUCAUGAUGACACAUGGGUGAUAGAUGAGGUUGACGAGGUGUUAGAGCUCAUUAAGACUACAUGGGUUAUGCUUGGAAUGAACGAGAUGCUGCAUAAUGUUUGUUUUUCCUGGGUCUUUUUUCAACGGUAUGUUGCCACUGGUCAAAUGGAAAAUGAUCUGCUAUUUGCAUCCAGUAAUCUUCUGGCAGAAGCUGAGAAAGAUGUCAAGGCGAUGAACGAUCCACUUUACUCAAAAUCCUUGAGCUCCAUAUUGAAUUUGAUGUUAAGCUGGGCAGAAGAAAGACUCCUUGCCUACCAUGAUAAUUUCCUAAAUGGUAAUAUUGAAUCAAUGCCAAGUGUUGUUUCUAUUGCAGUAUCAUCAGCAAAGAUUUUGGCAGAAGAUAUCUUUCUCGAGUGUAAUAGGGUGAGGAAAGAAGCUGAUGUAUCCUUAACCAGAGUUGAAAAUUAUAUCACAUCAUCAUUGCAUGCUGCUUUCGUUCAGAAAUUGGAGAAACUGGAUCCACGCAACAGCAAGCAUGUCCCUAGACAACAGGAUCAAGCCUUUCUAAGUCUCACCGUUCUAGCACAAAAGCUCAGCGAAUUGGCUUUUAAUGAGAAAGCAAUAUAUAGUCCCAUAUUGAAGAGGUGGCAUCCACUUGCUGCUGGUGUUGCUGUUGCUACCCUUCAUGUGUGUUAUGGUCACGAGUUGAAGCAAUAUGUGAGGAGUGUUACAGAGUUGACUCCUGAUGCUGUGGAAAUGCUGAUGGCAGCUGACAAAUUGGAGAAAGAUUUGGUGCAGAUAGCAGUGGAAGAUUCCGUUGACAGUGAAGAUGGUGGGAAAUCGGUCAUAAGGGAGAUAUACCCUUAUGAGGCUGAAGCUGUAAUUGUUAAUCUUGUCAAGUCAUGGAUCAAGACCAGGGUGGAUAGACUUGAGGAAUGGGUUGACACAAAUCUACAAGAGGAGGUAUGGAAUCCACAUGCAAAUAAAGUGUGUUUUGCUCCUUCUGCUGCUGAAAUUCUACGAAUCAUACAUGACUCUCUAGAAGCAUUCUUUCUGUUGCCUAUACCCAUGCAUGUAGUUUUGCUUCCUGAAUUGAUGUCUGGUCUUGACAAAUCACUCCAACAAUACAUCUUGAAGGCCAAAUCUGGCUGUGGGAACCGUAACACUUUCAUCCCAAUCAUGCCUGCUUUGACUCGGUGCUCCACAGGAUCAAAAUUUAAUGGUGUAUUCAGAAAGAAAGAAAAGUCACAAGUGACUCAGAGAAGGAUGUUCCGCGUUGGAACUACAAAGGCGGAUAGCUCAUUUGGAUUACCCCAACUUUGUGUCCGCAUAAAUACUAUGCUGCGCAUUGGCAUGGAACUAAAGGUUUUGGAAAAGAGGACACUUUCCCGUAUUGGUAGUUCUAAAUCCACUAAAGAGGAUGGUAUAGAGGAAAGGUUAAAGUUCAAGCUUUCUAUAGCUGCUUCUGUGGAGGGCAUCCACCAACUCUCUGAGGCUAUGGCAUAUAAAGUGAUUUUCCAAGAUCUCUGUCAUGUUCUUUGGGAAGGCCUGUAUGUUGGUGAAGUUUCCUCGACUAGGAUUCAGCCUUUUCUUAAGGAACUUGAUCAAUGCUUGAAGAUUAUAGUGUCAACAGUCCACAACAGGGCCAUAACACAUGUAAUUACUGAGCUAAUGAAGGCUUCUUUUGAUGGGUUCUUGUUGGUUUUGUUAGCUGGAGGUCCAGCACGUGCUUUCUCUCUUGAAGAUCAUGCUAUAAUAGAGGAGGACUUGAAGCUUCUAACUGAUUUGUUUUGGUCCAAUGGAGAUGGUUUACCUGCUGAUUUAAUAGAAAAACAUUGUACAACUGUUAAAGCUGUGCUUGCCCUGUUCAGCGUGGAUACUGAGCACUUGAUUGAGCUACUCAGUCAACUUAUUCUGGAAACGUAUGGUGCUUCAGCUAAAUCCCGGUUUCCUUUGCCCCCAACAUCUGGUCAAUGGAAUCCAAGAGAACCAAACACUCUUUUGCGAGUUUUGUGUCAUCGGAAUGAUGACAUUGCUGCUAAGUUCCUUAAAAAGAACUGCAAUUUGCCUAAGAAAGUCUAA